UUGAACAUUCAUACUAGUGGUGUCUUAGUGGAGAUGAGGAGAUGGAUAUUGGACUUGACCACAAACGUGAUCUUUAUGAUGAUCUUUGGAAAAAGAUAUUCGGGAGAUGAUCUUGAUAAGGAGGAAGCUCGAAAGUGUCAAAUGAUUUUUAAAAAGUUCAUAUAUUUGUCUGGUGCAAAUGUGAUGGGAGACAUGAUACCAUGGCUUGGAUGGUUAGAUAUAAGAGGUCAUAAGAAGUCAAUGAAAAAAACAUCAAAAGAUUACGAUAAUCUUUUGAAGCAGUGGCUAGAAGAGCACCAUGAUCGACGGAUGUCCAAUAAAGCUAAUGGCAAGGGGGUCGAACAAGAUUUUAUGGAUGUGAUGAUUUCAAUGCUUAAAGAUACAGAUAUAGAUGUUUACGACGUUGAUACAAUUAACAAAGCAACAUGUUCGAUUUUGAAUAUUGGGGGAGUAGACACGACCGCCACCAUGCUUACAUGGACUAUUUCCUUACUGAUGAACCAUCGCCGUGUGUUGAUGAAAGUUGAGGAAGAAUUGGACAUCCAUGUGGGCAAAGGAAGGAUCGUGGAGGAGUCUGAUAUUCCCAACUUGGUAUACCUCCAAGCUGUUAUGAAAGAAUCGCUAAGGCUAUAUCCACCGGCUCCACUAGGAGGCCCAAGAGAAGUCACACAAGAUUGUGUUGUGGGAGGCUAUCAUGUGGCGGCAGGGACAAAACUUUUCUUUAACAUAUGGAAACUCCAACGCGAUCCUAAGAUAUGGUCAGAACCACUAGAGUUUCGACCAGAGAGGUUCAUGACUACUCAUAAAAAUCUAGAUGUUCGCGGCCAGAAUUUUGAGUUGAUUCCUUUUGGCAGUGGUAGGAGAGUGUGCCCUGGAAUAAACCUUAGCAUGCAAAUGGGACACUUGGUAUUAGCUAGCUUGUUGCAAUCUUUUCAGCUCUCGAAUCCUAACCACGAGCCUAUAGAUAUGACUAUGAUUGAAGGAUUGACAAUAUCCAAAGCUACCCCUCUUCAAAUUAUCAUCACUCCCAAACUUUCAAACAAUCUUUAUAUGUGACUCAAUAUAAUGAAUGACUCCGUCUUUA